AUGAGUAACGCCAAUUCUUCUUCUAAAGACGAGCCUUUGAUUCCAAUGGUUUCACUGGCGUUUAGCAAUUCGUUUCUGCCAUGGAAUUAUGACCUUUCUUUUGAAAUCACCCCGAUAAAAUCGAACUAUCUAGGAGUUGCUGUGAUUGAUCUUGCUCCGAACGAGAGGGCUGAUGCAGACGAGGCGGGUCCACUCGAGCUGGUUUUCAAUGCUGUCGAGACGGUCAUCACGGCUGCCUAUAUCGCCACCAAUUCCGGAUCGGAGGUUUCAGAGUACAAAUUGAAGGUUGAACAGAACAGAAAGACGGAAACUGUCAAGUUUUCUACAGAUUCCCUCACAAUUGGCGAUUUGAGCAAGGAGAAGAUAAUCCGUUUGAGAGUCCAUUUCAUUGGAGUUGUCCGUGCAAUUUCCAGUUUCAAGGACUUCACCAAGGGUGUGUUCAAGUCUAAGUACAAGUUCGAUGGUGAGGACAAAUACAUAAUCUCGACUCAGUGCCAGCCCUCAUUUGCUCGGUCGAUCUUCCCUUGUGUGGAUGAUCUAUUGGUCAAGGCAAGUUUCAAGCUCUCAAUCACCACAGAUCCAGAUUAUAUAUGUGUUUCGAACACAGCUACUGAAAGCAGCCAUGAUCUUGAUGAUCAGCGGAAACUCGUUGUUUUCGAAAGAACUCCUCCAAUGACCACAUCUGUGUUUGCUUUCACUGUCGGAGCCUUUGAUUACUCGGAGACAUCUGUUGAAUUGCCAAACCAAUCCAGAUUCCCGAUCAAAAUCUACACUAAGCACGGCGAGGCAAACAGAGCCAACUUUGCCAUUUCCACUGUUGAGUCAGCAUUGCCCAAGAUCGUUGGGAAGUUUGGUGUCGAUUAUCCGAUCUCAAAGCUGGACAUUGUCGCGCUUCCUUUCUUGAGUGACGGAGGUGUUGAGAACUGGUCGAUGAUCCAGAUUUUGAUGGAUCAUCUUUUGACACCUGACACAGAUUCCCCCACCAAGAUCCUGGAUAUAACCAACAUGAUCAAGAAUGUGCUUGUACACGAAAUGGUUCACAUGUACAUGGGUAAUCUGGUCACUUACGAUAGUUACGACCAUACAUGGUUGAAUGAAGCAUUCGCAACUUUCAUGUCAAACACCAUAUUGAAUGAGGAGAGUGUGAACGACCAGGUUUGGUUUGAUCAGCUGAACAACGACGGAUUCAACAUGAAGAGAUACCAAGGAUUGGAGUCAAUGAAACCGAUCCAUGUCCAAAAUGUUCCGGCUGACACUAUUCAUAGCACCUUCAGCAAACAUUCCUAUGACAAGGGUAUUUUCUUAUUGAGAAUGCUAGCAUCCUUGUUUAACGACACUCCAUCUGAAAACUACGACAAUUUCUUCAAGGCUGUUGGAGAAUUCAUUGAACAGAACAAGUUUGGUUUGUUCAAGCCUGUGGAUUUGUGGAACUUCCUCAAGAAUAGUUCGCUGAACAAACACAAGUACGACAUUCCUACUAUCAUGUACUCCUGGACUAGAACUGCAGGAUAUCCAAUUUUGUCGGUUACAAAUUCCGGGGAGAAAUUGGUUGUCGAGCAGCAUAGGUUCUUGUACAACACGGAAGCAAAAGUCGAAGAUGUGCCAUACCAUGUUCCGUUGUUUGUCAAAGACGUGGAUGGACAAAUUAGCAAAUACAUGCUGACAGAUAGAAGGAUUGAGAUUGAGGCUGGAUUAUUGGUCAAUGCCAAUAGCAUAGCAAUUGCAACCGUGAAAUAUUCUUUGCCUCAAUACAAGAGCAUUGCUAAAAAUUUCGACAAGCUAAAUUCCACGGAGCAAGCGCAAGUUUUGCUUGAUCUGUCAACAAUCUUCAGUGAAUCCUACCAGACUAAAGAUGACCUCCUUGGAUUCGUCUUGAUCAUCAACAGACUAUCGAAAAACGCCAAAAUCGUCAAUGCUACUGCAUUGAACAUUGCAUUGACUUUGUUGACUACGUUCGUCGAUUCGGUGAUUUCCAUCAGCUACUUCAAAGACGAAAAGGUUGUAAACACCGUUCGGAAGUGGAGAAGUCGCGUGAUUGGAGAUUUUAUUAGCCAGUUCGAAUGGGACGGACUCGAUUUCAGACAAUUACCUGCUACCGAAUUGUCUGUCAGAAACAGUCUGUUGACCAUUGACUACAGCAAUCCACAGUCACAGUCCAUUGCCAAGAAGCUUUACAAGACCCUUUUGCAUGGACCAAAGGGAACAAUCCCGCUUAAGUUGCUUGGUGCAAUCUUGAACAAUGUUCAAACCAUUGCUUCUGCCAAAGAGUACAAGGAGAUUUUGGCGUUGGUUAAGAAUCCACAUUCUGUUACAGACAACAUUUACGAGUCAGAGAUUGCUGCAGAUGUGAGAACUGCAGCAUUGACAUCUCUUGGAUACGUCACAAAGAGCGAUCUGCAACAGAGAACACUCAACUAUGUUCUGAACAAUAUGGAUCAGGACUCGGUUGAGUUCUCACUGAUUGGUCUGAAACACCAGCCAGAGAGUUUCACUACUAUUUGGUCGUGGUUUUCGAUGAAUUACAACGGAUUCUAUGCUAAGUUCUUGAAAGACAGCGACAAGCAGAUCUUCAUCAAGGCUUUCCGGGGAAUUGUGCAAUUGGUGUUUGAAAGUUGUCUGUGCAGCAAAGAUUUGACGGACAAGUUGGAGGCAUUUUUGAAGGCCAAGAAAUUCGAAAUCCUCAAUGGCGAGUACAAGAGAAUCCAAUCGGCGUUCCAGGAUCGCGUCAAGCUCAAUGAGGCCAACUCCGAGCUCGCCACUGUGAUGAAUUAA